AUGGAAGAUAGGUGCGUGUGUUAUACUGAGACAGCUUGUAACGGGGAUAUGGGGGCGGAGGUGGCGGAGUACGAGCGGUUCGUGGAGGAGCGGCUGAAGGUCGAUUUUCAGGCAGCGAUGGAGGACAGUCUAGUGUGCUCUCGCUUUCCCUCCCCUCCCCGUUCCAUCUACCCCCUCCCCGUUCCAUCUACCCCCUCCCCCUUCUCCCCCACCCUCUCUCCUGCCCUCCCCUUUUCCACCGAUCCCUGCCUUGCCACAUCAUACAUAAUGUUUUAUCCUCGUUACAGUGAGGAGCUGGUGCGCAAUAUCGAGGCGCAGGAGGAGAAUGGAGUGGAGGAGAUGAGGGCGAUGGUCAACCUGGGGGGAGAGGUGUUCGUGCAGGCAGACGUGCCGGACACGUCACACAUAUUCGUGGCAGUGGGUCUGGGCUUCCACGUGGAGUUCACCCGCCUUGAAGCCAAGGAGUUUGCCGCCUCCAAGAUCGAGCACUUGAGAAAGCAAGUUGCACGGCACACAGAGAGAAUAUCAUCCAUUAAAGCCCACAUUAAGCUGGUGGUUGAAGGCGUUCGAGAGCUUCUCAACAUUUCAGCUGAAGAUUCGUGA